AUGAAGUUCCUGGUGGCCUACGACUCAUCGGCCACGGCCAAGCACGCCCUUGAGCGCACCCUCGGCCUCCUCCACCGCGACAGAGACUCGGUGCUGCCCGAGUUGCUGUUGACGGAGGACACAGUGCAGCGGAUCACCGCGGCCCGCCUCAACGACGCCAUACGGGUCAUGAAGUCCCUCAGCGACCUCCUCACGGCCGAACAUGAGAUCCUGGACCAAGCCGCCGCGUGCGAGGCCGACAUGAUCGUCAUGGGCUCUCGCGGCAUGGGCACCAUACAAGGCGUAUCGCAGCGGUGCUUGAACGAGGCGAAGGUGCCGGUGAUGGUGGUCCGUCAGGUCGUGCGGCCGGCCACGGUUGAGGUGUCGCCAGCGGCGGCCACGUCUGCGGUGCUCUGA